UUUACUUUUUUUCUUUUCUUUUGUUCAUUUCAAGAACCAUUCACAUGUCCUUUGGAAUUUUCAGAUUGGAAACAAUGUCUUGGGAAUCAAAUGGAGUAAAUGUGGAAGUUGAUUGGAAACCUGAAAGAACUCUAGUCCUGCUUGGUCGGACUGGGAAUGGUAAAAGUGCGACUGGAAAUAGCAUCCUAGGAGAAACAAAGUUCCUGUCAAAAACAAGAGGAAGAUUCAUUACUAAAGAGUAGCUACAUACUUCUAUGCAACCAAAUGGUCAGAGAAUCAAUGUUAUCGAUACUCCUGGUCUGUUCAGUGCUUCCUCGACGCCAGAUUUCACCAUCAGAGAAAUUGUAAGAUGCUUACGUCUGGCUAAAGACGGCAUAGAUGCAGUCAUUCUGGUUUUCUCUGUGAGGAACUGGUUAACAGAAGAGGAGCAAUUAACACUUCGCACAUUAAAGAUCCUUUUUGGAAGCCAGAUCGUUGACUACAUGAUUGUGGUUUUCACCAAUGGAGAAGCAUUCGAUGAUGGAGAUACACUUGAUGACUAUUUGGAUGAUUGUCCUGAGUUUCAGGAUAUUCUCAAAGAGUGUGAUGACCGCAAGGUGCUGUUUGACAAUAGGCGUAAUAUCCCAAAAAGCAAGAAAGACAAGCAAGUCCAGGAUCUUCUCAACUUCGUGGAGCAAAUCUCAAAGAAGAACAAUGGAAAACCAUUUAUGGCUGACUUAUCACUUGAGCUAAGGGAGAACGAGGCUACGUUAGAGGAAAAACAAAAGCAGAUUCAAGCAAUGAAGGGUCAGUCGAAACAAGAGAUAGCACAAGUUAAGAAGGAAAUGGAGAAAACUUAUAACGAAAUGCUCGAAGGGAUAAAAGAGAAGAUCGCUAACCAACUGAAGGAAUCACUGAAUGAUGUGAAGGAGCAACUAGCUAAGGCACAAGUAGCGAGAGAAGAAGCCGAGAAAAAGAUGUCUGAAAUGCAUAAGCUAUCUUCUGAUGAGAUCAAGAGGCUGAGAGAUCAACUCAACAACGCUGAGAGAGAAACCGCUAGAUUGCGCAGACAGCAGCGUACACAAAAAUGCUCUGUUCUUUAAUCAUAUAUAAAUGCUAUGCUCUACGAUAUCAUAUGAAUCACUCAAUCAAGAUACCAUAAUGUAUUUCAUAAACAAACAAUAAAACCAAAGUAUGUCUUCA